AUGCGGUCGCAUGCAACCUGGAUAUAUGGGAAUGACUGCAGUAUCAGCAUAUUGGGGUGGAUUGAUAAUCUGUGUUCAUUUGCAUUUCUCCAUCCUUGUAAUUGCUUCAUGGGAUUGAAAUUCCCAAAACUUGUAAUUCAUGGUGCAUUAUCCUCAUUCCAAAACAUUGAAGAUACUGGUGAUCCACAUCACGGCAUUCAGGUGCCUCUGAUUUUGAAGCUUUUCCUGCAUUUGAGUUUAGACCAUAGGUUCUGA